CGGAAGUGCCUCCCCCGGCCGGGUCGCUGGGCGCCGCCAUAUCGCGCCCGCUCCGCUCGGCAGCUCCCGGCCCCGCCCCGCCCCGGCCCAGCCAUGUCCGAGAGCUACGAUUUCCUCUUCAAGUUCCUGGUGAUAGGAAGUGCCGGUACCGGGAAGUCGUGUCUCCUGCAUCAGUUUAUAGAGAAUAAAUUCAAGCAGGAUUCCAACCACACCAUUGGGGUGGAGUUCGGGUCCAAGGUGGUGAACGUCGGUGGGAAAACGGUGAAACUGCAGAUCUGGGACACGGCAGGACAGGAGCGGUUCAGGUCGGUGACGCGGAGCUACUACCGCGGAGCAGCCGGGGCUCUGCUGGCGUACGACAUCACCAGCCGGGAGACCUACAACGCGCUGACCCACUGGCUGACGGACGCCCGGACCCUCGCCAGCCCCAGCAUCGUCAUCAUCCUCUGCGGGAACAAGAAGGACCUGGAUGCGGACCGGGAAGUGACCUUCCUGGAAGCCUCCCGCUUCGCGCAAGAGAACGAGCUCAUGUUCCUGGAGACCAGCGCGCUGACCGGGGAGAACGUGGAAGAAGCUUUCUUAAAAUGUGCCAGGACCAUACUGAACAAAAUUGAAUCAGGUGAGCUGGACCCCGAGAGGAUGGGCUCAGGCAUCCAGUAUGGAGACACCUCCUUGCGCCACCUGCGACAGCCCCGCGGGACUCAGCCACAGAGCAAGCAGCCGUGCGGGUGCUAAGCGCCAAGGCCCCAGGAGUCUGUCUGCACCGCUGUGCCGUGGCCAGCCGGGCCCCCGGGCUGAAGCACCUUCUCUUCUCUUCUCUUCCCAGGACCGCGCGCUGAGCCCCCUGCUUGCCGAGCCGUGCGGCCCGCGAGCCCUGGGCCUCUGGCAAGCUGCCCGUUUGAUUGUCUGCAGCCCCGGCGGCGUCUGCCGGCCGCUCCCUGCCCGCUGCUUGGCCCCCGCGACCCGAGGCUGGCGCGGGCCUGGCUCAGCGAUGCCUCCCGGAGCUAACUGCUGCUCUGGGUAGGAGAGUCCCCUGGGUUAGCGCCAGGACGAGGGGGGAGCGGCUUCUCCUUGGGCGAUGGCUCGGUGGGGUCGUCUCCUGCUGCCCCGUUGCUCGGAGCUAGGCAGGUGGGGGGUGUCAGCCUGGGGGCUGCCUGUCACGCGUGGGAGCAGGGCAGCGGUUCCCUGCAGCGUGCGGCUUGCCGGGUGCUCUAGGCUGGGCUGGGGUUUCUGUUACACUGGUUUUGCUUUGGAAGCUGGGGUCUGGCUCCGCCAGCUCCGCCUCGUCUCGCUGCUUUUCGGCCAGCCGGGCAUUGCGCUUGUGAGCACUGUGCUUGCGACGUCUGCCCUGCCCCGGGCGGCGUGACGUUCCGGGGUGACAGAGGGACACUCGGGGCUGGGCGGACUGCGCUUCCCCUUUGAAAUACUGGAGCUGAACACUGGACCACUGGCGGGUGGGGCCCUCCUGUCUCCGGGACUCUGACUUCGCCGGCAGCUGCUCUCGGAGGGUUGAGUCUGGUGCAGUGCCCGUGGCAGGAGCCGUUGGGUUUAGUCCCAGCUCCUGCGGGAGGUUCCCUCGGGCUCCGCGGCUCGGGCGCUGAAUCCCUUGGGCGGGCGCGGGGAUCUGGGUUUGAAAACCCCACGGCAGAUGUAACAGCACAGCCGCAUCUCAAACCAAGCCGCCUACCGGGCAGGAAAGUCCAGGUCUCCUGAGCCGGGGUAACGUGCUGGCAGCACCUUCCCCUCGGGGGGGCCGGUUCGAAUCCGGCCCCGCUGGGGCCAGACCUACAGUCAAAUUCUCAAGAGUGCCGAAGCGACACGCUCCAAAGGCCUGUUGAAAGCCAAUAGGAUCUGGGCUCCUAACUCACCUAGUGCUCUGAAUGUUAACCGCCUCUGGCUCAGCCGGCUGAGCGGGGCUUGCCCUGGGCAGAGUCUGGCUGCAGCCAUUGCUGACUCUGGCCCACGGCUGCAGGGUUGGAUUUGAGGUGGUGACAGCGGCGUAAAGUCUCCCUGAGCAGCCAGAGCCUGUCUGCUUUGUCCUCAUGCAGCCCCUUGCCUGCGCCCCUUCCCCAUCCCUCUCGCCGCCUCCGGCAGCAGUGAUCCCUGGCCCCCUCGGCUGGGCUACGGCCCUGCGGUCUCUCUCCUGAUCCUUGGCCCAGAACAUCGCACGACCCACACAGCCCUCCUGUGACACUCAAUGGGCUGCCCGCUGGCCACCUGUGGCCCUUCCUGGGGGCCGCCAGCUCCCCUCACGAAACGUGUGAGAUUCAGUUCAGUCCGUGACGCGCUGAAGUUCUGGCGAGAGCGUCACCUCCGCCCGUUUUCUCGUUAGUGACGGAAACGGAGCCACAAACGAAUGCGCCUGGGUGUAAACGUCACCAAGUCGGCAGCAGAAACCGAGCUUUUAACCUGAACUGGCCAGCGGGUUUUCUCUGUCACGCCGGCUUGUCUAAACCCCAAGCCCGUGUGUGGAGUGCGCCAAACGGCCGUAUCCGUCCCGAAGGUCGCCAUGGUCCUCCUGGCAGUGUUGCAAGACGUGACAAAAUGGAAAAUCGGCAGCCUCUGUAUUGCACUUCAAAUGUCCUUCUCACCCCAUCAGCGACUGCAGGGAAAAGCAGCAGCUGCUUCUCUUCGGCGAAUGCUCGUGCAAAAGAAACGGCCCUUCCUGGCUGCUGAGCUGGGACAGGCGGGCACGGUGGACGUGCGGGGGGAGCUUUUUGCCGGAGGUAAAAACAAAGGUGACACUGAGCCGUAAGAAGCAAGUUCCCCUGUCUGAUUCCACGGGAGGUAAUUUGAGGGUUGGUUGCCAGCACUGCUUUCCGAGUUACAAAACGCCAAACACGUCUCUGGCUGUGGACGAAUCGAGCCACUGACGGGACACUGCCCAGCUGUCGCUGUUUGCUAGUAUUUAUGAUGGUGAAAUUUUCAAGGAAGAAUUUUUGUGCUGAAAUCUACCCCUAGGAGAGCAUUUUUGGAAAGGUAAAAGGCUUUUUUCGUGUGUGUGUGGGGGGGACAACUUUCUGCGGAGCUAAACCAGCGGGUCCUGUUACAGACGGGGGCCCUCCGUGACAGGGAGAGAAGGGCUUUGCUCCACCUUUGACAGCGACACGGGCGUCACUUCACUGCAUCGUUCACCAGACUCUCCUGUGCGGGGAGUUGGACAAAACCGAAUUACAGAGGAACCUCCGAGUUACGAACUGAGCAGUCAGCCGCACGCCUCGUUGGGAACCGGGAAUCUGCCAUCAGGCAGCGGCAGCGACCCAAAAAACCCGAAAUACAGGACAGUGUGUGUGAAACGUAAACUAGUAAAAGGAAGGGAAGGCAGCGUUUUCCUUCUGCACAGGAGCGUUUCAAAGCUCUGUUAAGUUGAUGUUCAGCUGUACAUUUCUGAAAGGACCCCAACGUCUUGUUCAGCCUUGCGAACAGCCUCUGUUCCCGGGGGGUUCGUAACUCCGAGGUUCUUCUGUAUUGUGACGAGAUCAGCGAACUCCACACGCUCAACGUCCCGCUUGGAACGUCGUCUUUGCCAAGCUCUUAGCAGCCCACCGGUGACCGGUGCAGUCCGGCGACAUUCCCUAGUUACGUAGAAGGCGCCUGCGAGAGGUUUUGUGCAUUUCAGAAAGAAUCAACUUCCUUUCAGACCGCGAGGCCCUGGAAUUUACGAUUGCUGCCCCGCUCUGUGCUAGGGAGCUUUUCUGUGCGAUAUGACUGGUCACUUGAAUUCCCUCAGCGUGCCGCUCCGAGGCCGGGGAUCUGUGCCUUUCAGAGCAGGCUCGAAACCGUUCAGAGCGACUUAGCAGGAUGGUUCAUUUCCCCACGUUGCGUGUUGUUGCGGCAGGUGACAGAUGAAGACGAGGCAAGAAUUCCUAAACCACCUGAGAAUUUGAAAACUCCAGAGAAUUUGCAUUUAUUUGCAUUUAUUCGCCAUCUGUUUGUCUGUGCCCGAGGGACCUCGCCCUUCUCAAGCAAAGAAGGUCUUUCAAUUUCCAGCGCUCAGAUGUCUUGGCAAAACUCAGAGCUGUGGGUCCAGGUGUGGGUCCCUGCCGGGUCAGACCAAAGGUCCGUGUAGCCCAGGAUCCUGUUCUCUGACAGCGGCCAGUGCCAGGUGCCCCAGAGGGAGUGAACAGACCAGGGAAUCAGCCAGUGACCCACGCGCGGGGGUAAUGUCCGUUUCAAAACUUCAUUAGAAGAUAGAAACGCUCAUCCUGCCGUUGUCAAUCACAGUCUUUACUUACAGGUAGCUGAAAUUUUUCUUUCAUUUUAUUUGGUCGGCCGUGCGUGACCCCCGCCCGCCUCUUGUCCUGAAAUUCUCAGCUAGGCCCUGGGGUAGAUCGAAUCGAGUAGCCAGUGUCCUGCCUGGGCUGGGGCCAGUGCUGUGUGUGGUGGGGGGACGGGGAGCCCGGCAAGUCGCCUUCACCCCCCUUCAGAGCCUUGGGGGUCUCUGCGCCCCGUCGAAAGGCUCCUGCGGGGGCGGGGCGGGGAGCAGUGAGUGGGCUGCUGUUCGGAGAGGUGGGGCGACCCCCGGCCGCGUGGCUGCGAGCUCUGGUGGGUUCGUCUGUUGUGUUCUUACGCUUAAGCUGCUGUUAUUUAUUGCGGGGGGGGGGGGGGGGGGGACAGGACAGGAGGCUGCUGCCUUUGUGGCUUUCCUCACACUCGGCUCUUGCCUGGCCCAUCCCAGGGCGCUGGUGGGAGGAUACAAGUGCGGCUCCGUCCGAAUCCUCCUGAAGCUGGGGCGGGUUGGGGAGAGAUGGCUGGAUCCAACCCGGUUUAUAAUUCACACCCUGUGAAAUUUCUUCUCUUUAAAAGAAAAAGCCCCCCAAGUCCAGGCUGUGAAAAUGUGACUGUUCAUAAAGUAUUAAUGUUUUCCA